AUGCCCUCGGACUUCAUCUCAUUGCUCAGCGCCGACCUCGACCUGGAAUCGCCCAAGUCCCUGUACUCUCGAGAUCCUCUCAAGUCACACCCACCACAGAAUUUUCCUAGGGCUGGACUGCUAGCAGAGUCUGUCUAUGAUCUUCUCCCAAAGGAGUUACAGUUACCUCCAUCUAGAGAAACAUCUGUAGCAUCCAUGAGUCAGACAAGUGGCGGUGAGGCAGGCUCGCCUCCUCCAGCUGUAGUUGCUGCUGAUGCUUCUUCAGCUCCCUCCUCUUCCUCCAUGGGCGGUGCUUGCAGCUCCUUUACCACCUCUUCCAGCCCUACCAUUUAUUCUACCUCAGUCACCGACAGCAAGGCUAUGCAAGUGGAGAGCUGCUCCUCAGCCGUGGGGGUAAGUAACCGAGGGGUAAGUGAAAAGCAGUUAACCGGUAACACAGUCCAGCAGCAUCCGCCAACACCGAAGCGGCACACAGUCCUGUACAUCUCGCCGCCACCUGAGGACUUGCUGGAUAACAGCCGGAUGUCCUGCCAGGAUGAGGGCUGUGGACUGGAAUCUGAGCAGAGCUGCAGUAUGUGGAUAGAGGAUUCUCCCUCCAACUUCAGUAACAUGAGCACCAGCUCCUACAAUGAUAACACGGAGGUACCACGAAAAUCACGAAAACGAAAUCCAAAGCAGAGGCCGGGGGUCAAACGGCGAGAUUGUGAAGAAUCCAACAUGGAUAUAUUUGAUGCUGACAGUGCCAAAGCACCUCACUAUGUGCUUUCCCAGCUUACCACGGACAGCAAAGGCAACUCAAAAGCAGGAAAUGGAACAUUGGAAAAUCAGAAAGGAGCUGGAGCAAAGAAGAGUCCUAUGUUGUGCGGACAGUAUCCUGUUAAAAGUGAGGGAAAGGAACUGAAGAUAGUAGUUCAACCUGAGACCCAACACAGAGCUAGAUAUCUGACUGAGGGCAGCCGAGGUUCUGUGAAAGAUAGGACACAACAAGGCUUUCCUACCGUAAAGCUUGAAGGACACAAUGAGCCUGUAGUGUUACAAGUGUUUGUGGGUAAUGACUCUGGUCGAGUGAAACCACAUGGAUUUUAUCAGGCCUGUAGAGUAACAGGUAGAAAUACAACUCCUUGCAAAGAAGUUGAUAUUGAAGGUACUACAGUUAUAGAAGUUGGCCUUGAUCCCAGCAACAACAUGACACUGGCGGUGGACUGUGUAGGGAUCUUGAAGCUCAGAAAUGCUGAUGUUGAAGCUAGAAUAGGAAUUGCAGGUUCUAAGAAAAAAAGCACUCGGGCCAGAUUGGUUUUUCGAGUUAACAUCACGCGGAAAGAUGGCUCAACUUUAACACUACAAACACCUUCCUCUCCAAUUCUAUGUACUCAGCCAGCAGGAGUACCAGAGAUCUUAAAGAAAAGCCUUCAUAGUUGUUCAGUAAAAGGAGAGGAAGAAGUCUUUCUAAUUGGCAAAAAUUUUCUGAAAGGAACUAAAGUUAUCUUCCAAGAGAAUGUUUCUGAUGAAAACUCUUGGAAGUCAGAAGCUGAAAUAGACAUGGAAUUAUUUCAUCAGAAUCAUCUUAUUGUGAAGGUGCCUCCAUAUCAUGACCAAUAUAUAACCUUGCCUGUGUCUGUGGGGAUAUAUGUAGUGACCAAUGCUGGAAGAUCCCAUGAUGUUCAGCCAUUCACCUACACUCCAGAUACAGCUAAUGCUCUGAAUGUAAAUGUGAAGAAGGAAAUGUCCAGCCCAGCACGACCUUGUUCUUUUGAAGAGGCUAUCAAAGUAAUGAAAGCUACUAGUUGUAAUCUAGAUAAGGUAAAUAUUCUUCCUAGUGCCUUGAUCACUCCACUAAUGUCAAGCAGUAUGAUUAAGAAUGAAGAUGUUACUCCAAUGGAAGUAACAGCAGAAAAGAGAUCUUCUCCUGUCUUUAAAACAACUAAGGCAGUUGGAUCAACUCAGCAAACAUUAGAAAAUAUCUCCAACAUAUCAGGAAGUGGAUCUUUUUCAUCUUCUUCCCAUUUACCUCCUGAAAAUGAAAAGCAGCAGCCAAUUCAGUCUAAAGUGUACAACCCAGAAGGUCUGACCACUCUGCAGACACAGGACAUUUCACAACCAGGGACCUUUCCAGCAGGUCCUGCUGCCAACCAGUUGUCCAGCAGCGAUGCAUUAUUGCAACAAGCAAACCAGUUUCAGGGCAGAGAGCCCCAGUCUAGGGAAGUUCUGCAGGCUGAGGGUGGUGUGGUGAAUUUGUCCCAGUUGACUGAGGCACCACAGCAGCCACAGCCAUCACCCCUGCAAGAACAAGCGCAGACCCUACAGCAGCAGAUUUCUUCCAACAUUUUCUCACCACAAAACAGUGUGAGUCAACUACAAAAUACCAUCCAACAAUUACAAGCUGGAAGUUUUACAGCCGGUACUGCCAGUGGCAGCAGUGGAAACGUGGAUCUGGUCCAGCAAGUCCUUGAGGCCCAGCAGCAGUUAUCUUCGGUUUUGUUUUCUGCUUCAGAUGGCAAUGAGAAUGUCCAAGAACAGCUCAGUGCUGACAUUUUUCAACAGGUUAGUCAAAUUCAAAACAGUGUAAGCCCUGGAAUAUUUUCUUCAACAGAACCAGCUGUCCAUGCCAGGCCAGAAAAUUUAAUGACUGGAAGAGCUGAGAAUGUUCAUCCCCAAGCUGAAGGUACAUUAUCCAAUCAGCAGCAGCAACAACAGCAGCAGCAGCAAGCAAUGGAAUCAUCAGCUGCUAUGGUGAUGGAAAUGCAGCAGAGUAUCUGCCAGGCAGCUGCCCAAAUGCAGUCUGAGUUAUUCUCUUCAUCUGCCUCUGCAAAUGGAAACCUCCAGCAAUCUCCAGUUUAUCAGCAAGCCUCCCAUAUGAUGAGUGCAUUAUCUACCAGUGAGGACAUGCAGAUGCAGUGUGAACUUUUCUCUUCUCCUGCUGUUUCUGGGAAUGAAACUUCUACUACUACCACACAGCAGGUAGCAACCCCUGGCCCUACCAUGUUUCAAACUUCAAAUUCAACAGAUGGAGAAGAAACUGGAGGACAAGUAAAACAGAUACAGAACAAUGUAUUUCAGACCAUGGUACAAAUGCAGCGCAGUGGAGAAAAUCCACCUCAAGUUAACCUUUUUUCGUCUACAAAAAAUAUGAUGGCUGUUCAGAAUAGUGGUACUCCACCACAGGGCAAUGGUCUGUUCCAGCAAAGUAAUGAGAUACUGUCUCUUCAGUCUGGAAGCUUUAUACAGCAGCCUUCUCAUUCACAAGCUCAGCUUUUUCACCCACAAAAUUCUAUUGGUGAGGCCCAGAAUAUACCCCAGGAAACCCAAGGUUCUCUUUUUCACAGUCCCAGUCCCAUUGUCCACAAUCAGACCUCCACGUCAUCCUCUGAGCAGUUGCAGCCUUCAAUGUUCCAUUCCCAGGGUACCAUGGCUGUACUACAAGGAUCUUCUGUUCCUCAAGACCAGCAGCCAACUAACAUGUUCCUUUCUCAGAGUUCUAUAAAUACACUUCAGAAUAACACAGUGUCUCAAGAAGAACAAAUCUCAUUUUUUACAACACAGAACUCAAUUUCUCCACUUCAGCCAGCACCAAACACUGAGCAACAAACUGCUUUUCAGCAGCAGACACAGAUAUCCCAUAUUCAGACACCUAUGCUUUCCCAAGAACAGGCACAGCCUCCUCAGCAAGGCCUUUUUCAGCCUCCAGUAUCAUUAGGUGCUCUCCCACCAAAUUCAAUGGCCCAGAACCAACAAGGGACAAUCUUCCAAUCACAGCAUCCAAUAGUUGCCAUACAAAGUAGUGCUUCAUCCCAAGAGCAGCAGCAGCAGCAACAACAGCAGCAGCAACAGCAGCAGCAACAGCAGCAGCAACAGCAGCAGCAGAAUAUUUUGUUCAGUAAUCAGAAUACCAUGGCCACAAUGGCAUCACAGAAGCAACCACCACCAAAUAUGAUAUUCAAUCCAAAUCAAAAUCCACUAGCCAGCCAAGAACAGCAGAACCAGUCUAUGUUUCACCCACAAAAUAAUAUGGCAACAAUGAAUCAAGAACAACAGCCAAUGCAGUUUCAGAACCAAAACACAGUUUCUUCCCUUCAGACCCCAGGAUCCGCCCAGGCUGAACCACCUCAGCCAUCUUUGUUCCAUGCCUCUCCCCAGAUUCAAUUGGUCCAAGGAUCACCUAGUUCACAAGAGCAGCAAGUAACACUCUUCAUCUCUUCAGCUUCCAUGUCUGCCUUGCAGACCAGUAUGAACCAACAAGACUUGCAACAGCCUCCACUCUAUUCUCCUCAGAAUAACAUGUCAGGAAUCCAGGGAGCUGCAGCUUCACCUCCACAGCAGACCAGUUUAUUUCACAACACAGCAGGAAGUACAAUGAACCAACUGCAGAAUUCUCCUGGUUCAUCUCAACAAACUUCAGGAAUGUUCUUAUUUGGCAUCCAAAAUAACUGUGGCCAGCUUUUAACCUCUGGACCAGCAACAUUGCCAGAUCAGCUAAUGGCUAUAAGUCAGCCAAAUCAACCUCAAAGUGAGGGUCAGCCACCUGUGACAACACUUCUGUCUCAACAAAUGCCAGAGAAUUCAUCCCUAGCACCAUCUAUAAACCCCAACCAGAACAUUGAAAAGAUUGAUUUGCUUGUUUCAUUGCAAAACCAGGGGAACAACUUGACUGGCUCAUUUUAACUGCAUACGAAAAUUCUGUGGAAGAAAAUGCAGUUUCAGGAUGCCCUUGGAGUUUAUGUCUACAUUUGUAUUAAAGAA